AUGCAACGCUUCCAUGCGUUUCGUUGCAGUGGCAUGCGGCUGUCAAUCCUGCUGGUGAUCGGGCUAUGCUCUCUCGGUGACGCUGCGACCAGUGGACAUAUCGCAAGAGAAAGCCAAACCCCAGAGCUGUCGGCGCAGGUUCAGGCAGAAAAGAACAACCCUUUCAUCGAAUGGCUAGCCGGACUGAUUGGUACUACGACAACUCCACCUCCCGAAAACCUCACACCACCGGAAAAUUGUCCAACAUGCCAAUGCGGUAGGACUAACCGACUCACCAGAAUCGUCGGAGGGCAGGAAACGCAGGUCAACCAGUACCCGUGGAUGGCAAUGCUGCAGUAUUCGGGCACAUUCUACUGCGGAGGAUCACUCAUCAGCGAUCGACACGUGCUGACGGCGGCUCACUGCGUGCACGGUUUCAACCGGAACAAAAUAAGCGUCGUUUUGAUGGAACACGAUCGCGUAUCGACAACCGAAUCGAUGACGAUGGUCUCCAAGGUGCAGCGUGUCAUCGAACACAACGGGUACAAUUCGAACAACUACAACAGUGACAUUGCGAUCCUGCGGCUUGCCACCCCAUUCAACAUCGACGAUAAACUCCGCCCGGUGUGUCUGCCCACGCCGAAGAAACCUUUCACCGGAUACGACGGCAUCGUGACGGGCUGGGGUGCAACGUCGGAGAAUGGAGCCAUCUCGACGAAUCUGCAGGAGGUCACGGUGCCGAUCAUGUCGAAUGCGGAUUGCCGAAAAACGGGCUACGGUUCUUCGCGCAUCACCGACAACAUGCUGUGCGCAGGGUACAGUGAGGGCAAGAAGGACUCCUGUCAGGGCGACAGUGGAGGACCGCUGCACGUGAUUAAGCAAAACACCACCGACAAUGUGCAUCAGAUCGCGGGCAUCGUGUCGUGGGGUGAGGGCUGCGCGAAGCCAAACUACCCCGGCGUGUACACACGCGUAAACCGGUUCGGAACGUGGAUUCGCUCAAACACCGCCGACGGUUGCUACUGCAGCGAGGACUAAGCAAUCGCCCUCGGUUGUGCGAUUUUGUUAUCAUCUUUGCAGAUACGCGAAAUAAACAUA